AUGGGGUCGAAAGCAGGCCCCCUCCUAGACGCGGCUCGGGCAAGCCAGAAUCCCCAGCGCGGCUCGGCGGACGUGCCUGCCCUGAAAAUCGAAUAUGACGACGAAGCAGGAAACAACGGCAGUCACAACCGGUCGCAACCAGCAUCGAUGACGCCGCUGACUCAGCAGACGCAGCCCCCCUCCCCUCUCUAUUCACUGUCGCCUGGGGUCGAUGCACAUGCAGACACAGAUCUAAAUCUAGCUUCGUUUGCGGCAAACUCCUUCCUACCUGACGACGAUGUUCCGAUGACGGAUGCAACCGACUCGACAACUACCGCCACAGCAACGACAGCGACAGAAAGGCCGCCCUUCAAGCCAGAUCCCUCACCAUCUGCUACGACUACUCCAGCAAAAAAGCCCAGGAUGGGAGGAGCGAGGAGUCGUGGCGGCGGCGCAUCCAGGAGACGUGGUGGUAGCAGUGCUAGCCGCGGUGGUGGCCGCAGCAGGGGAGGGGGCCGGGGCGGUGGAAGCAACGGACUGAAAUCCGGCGGAAGAGGUGGCAGCAGAAAGUUAUCAGCGCUCUCCAAUGGGGGGAACUUGAAGACUGGUGGAUCUCCUGCACCUGGCAUCAAGCGGGAGGCGGGCACUACCCCUUCCCUUGCCUCGGACGACGACCAGCAAGGUGGCAGUGAGGAGGAGGAAGGAGAAGACGACGACGAUUCGUCCGACAACGGGCCGUAUUGCAUCUGCCGCGGGCCUGAUGACCACCGCUGGAUGAUCCAAUGCGACCAGUGUGAGGACUGGUUCCACGGUGACUGCGUCAAGAUCGACAAGGAGCUCGGCGAGAGCGUGAUCCUGAGCUACAUCUGUCCCGCCUGUGCCAUACCCGAACGCUAUAUCACCCGCUUCCGCAAGCUCUGUUCGUUUCCGUCUUGUCGACGGCCUGCCCGUCUGUAUGCCGAGGACAACGUGUCACCAGCGUCACCGGACGUGGCCAGCUACUUCUGCUCCGACGGACACCGGGACCAGUGGUGGGAUGCUCUCUUGGCGCGCAUCGACCAGCGGAAAGAAGGCAGCGGUGCCAUCCCCGAGGACAAGAUGCCCAUCGACCAGCUCACGUCAGUGCAGCUGGUCUCCGUCCUCGCGAGCAGCAACCAGGAGGGCGUCGCGCAGAUGUUACUGCAUGGCCUGACACAGGACAAGAAUGUCGACCCUGAGUCGCUGCUCACCGGCGAGGAGCGCGCAGUGACGCAAACGUCCACUGCGCAGCGUCGCCGCCUCGCUGAGCAGUACGGCAUGUGCAAGAAGAUGUUGGAGCUGCUCGAUAUGGCCAAGUUCCGCAAUUACGAAGCCAUCAAGGCCGGUCUGAUCGAGCGUGAUUGCUGCGGAUACGACGACCGCCUGGAGCAUGUCGGAGUGCAGCCGCACUUUGAGCAGUUUCUGGCCAGCCCAGAGGGCGCUGCCAUCUUCCAAGCCGGCCGGCUAACAGCCCCAUUGGCACACCCCGGCGAGAAUGACGACGGAGAUGGCGCCAGCGACAGCCCUGCGGGUUACGAGGCGGCCACGGCUGGCAUGUGCCGGAAACGCAAGUGCAAGGCUCACUUGGGCUGGUUCCCGACGCUGGCACGGGACGUGCGCAUGCAGAUUCAGGACUUGACGCGUGAGGCGGCUGCACAGCGGGAUAUUGAAACGCGCAUCCGGUGCGCGGCUAUGCAGCGGGCGUUUGUCAAACGACACAUGCGGUCCGAGGUGCUCUUUGUGGGCGACUCGGACAACUCGCUCUCGUCGUUGGGCGGCGACAGUGAUAAGUCGGACAGCGAGGCGACCGAUGAAGACGACAACAAGCCGGCAAAGCAGCCGGACGAGUCGUCAUCAGCGUCGCCACCCUUUGACGGAUACGUCGGAUCGUAUCGGAGCAGUGUCGAGGAGAGUGCCCCUCCACGCAACGACUCCAGCCCGGGGAGUAUUGGCGCAUACAGCGACUAG